CCGCCCGGGCCUAGGCUUUUCUCAGCUUACGUGGCGGGAGGUGGAGGGUGGUGCUGACGUCACGGCGCUCUGAGAGUCGAGCAAGAGCUGUCGUCACCAUUUUCAUUCCACAUUCCCCAACCAGACCAACGCCCUGCUGGAAACAUGCCCUGUCUGAGAUGACGUGGCAAGAAUUGCAUGAAGUAUUCAAGAGGUAAUGUUGCUGGAGGUAGAGCUCUCUAAUUAUUCAAGCAACCACGAUCUGUCUCCUCGUCAAAGGGGUUUUAAUCACUCUGGGAAGCAAAACCUUCCGCUGAGGACUUGGGGGAUAAGAAAGAGGGAGAAUAUAUUAAACUCAAAGUUAUUGGACAGCAGUGAAAUUCACUUCAAGGUGAAAAUGACGACGCAUCUCAAGAAACUCAAAGAAUCAUACUGUCAAAGACAGGGAGUUCCAAUGAAUUCACUCAGGUUCCUCUUUGAGGGUCAGAGAAUUACCGAUAAUCAUACCCCCAAAGAGCUGGGGAUGGAGGAGGAAGAUGUGAUUGAAGUCUAUCAGGAACAGACAGGAGGUCAUUCAGCAGUUUAGAUCCUUCUGUUUUGUUUUUUCUUUCCCCUUAAUCCUUUUUUAUUUUUAAAUAAUAGUUCUUUUGUAAUGUGGUGUUCAACACUGAAUUGAAACUGGCAUCCCAUCUCUGGGAGUUUAUUUGCAAAGUCUGGUAUUUUGAAUUCUCGUGCUCAUUAUACACUAUCAUUUCUGUUUCUCAUUGUGUUGAACUCUUGUGAUCCGGCUGCAGCCCUGCCUCCUCCCCUCACCCCCAAUCUGCCCACCCUUUUAAAAAUAUGCAUACACACAUGCAUUUGUAUAUUCACUGGGAGCGUGCGUUUUGGGCACGAUGGUUGUAACAUCUACCAGAUGUGCAAGUGUUCUUAAUGACUUCUGUUUCGGCCCUGAAGUUUUGAUAUGUGACUGUUUCACUCCUGGACUAUAACUUUCAGUGGGAGAUGAAGUUUUUCAGAAAAUCAAAUGGCGAAGAAAUUGUUUCCAUAAUUCAGCACUGUUUUCCUUAAUUGUGCUGAUGGCCCAGGAAAGAAGACUGUUCAGUUGGAAAUGGAAAAGUAAGAACUGGUGUCAUCUACCUUAUUCCAGAGAUGGCUUCACUGAAGACAAAAUUGAAAAUCCUUAAUGUUGACAGAGGAGCCCAAGAAAGUUCUAACUUCCAUAUAGCAACUAAUACACAGGCAUUCAUGCAAGAAUGUACACAGCAGACAACUGGUAUUAUUUUAGAUGCUCGUGUUUGUACCUUUUGGCCUGGGACAUGGGUUUUGAAUGGACAUUGUCUGUACCAGCUUCAUUAAAAUAAACAAGAAAAAACAAUUUUAUAAACAGCAACAAUUUGCAUUUUCUUUUCAAAUAUUUGGAGAUGAGAGAGCAAGAGACUAAGUGGAAAACAAUCAAAAGUGGAACAUGGCUGUCUAGUAAAUGAGAUCAGAACCAGAAAAUAAUACAACCAGAAAAAUUUACCCUGUAAACUAAUAUUCUUUUGUUCCCUGCUCUCUCCAAGUAUUAACUUCUCACUAAUUGUUUUAAACAGUAAUCAGCAUUCCUUUUUCUUGAAACUAACUGUUUCUAUACUGCUCUAAUGUUAAAAACAUAUGUAAAUAUAUACACACUGCAGCUUCAUGUUAAAUUUUAAAGUUUAGAGGUUAGCUUGUAUCCUGUAACUUGGGAAGGGACUAUUAAACACAUCAUUAAUA